CAAUCAAGUAUUAUUGUUUGCCCUCUGGGGACUUGCAUCGAUCAGAAGUCCGGGUUUGAAGAUGCCCUUCGUUUCCUCAGCAUGGCAUCUCUGCUGGUGUUGCUGACACUUCCAGCUAACGGUGCUAUAUUGUGCUAUAGAUGCUCAGCUAAUUCAGCUAAUUCCACAUGUGUUACUCGACCGAGAAGUUUUCCCUGGUUUCAGUGUGAUGGGUACUGUCAGGUAUGGCAUCUUUAUUCUGAAGCUGACUCUUCGAUUUAUAUGUUCGAGCGUACUUGCUCUAAUUACUGUCAUUCUGGAUGCACUCAGUUGGCCGACAUGGAGCACCGAUUUGUGGGGUGCUCGUACUGUUGUAAUUCAAACUUCUGCAAUAGUGUGAAUACGGCUGAAAGCAAAGUCGUCAGUGUUUCAUACUUCAUCGCAAUGGCUUGUCUGCUAAAAUGA